AUGUCUAUCCGACUGAUCGACGUUCAGACGCUACGACUCAAGUCAUUCAACAGUCAAAAGGCACCUCCAUAUGCCGUUCUAUCGCAUACCUGGGUCGAGGAUGAAGAAGUCAGCUUCCAAGAGAUGUGCCAGAUGGCCGUGGAGCCCAACCACCCAGCGACACGGACGUCCGGGUAUCGUAAGAUCUGGGAAACUUGCCGUGUGAGCUUAUCCUAUGGACUCAACUAUGCCUGGGUGGACACUUGCUGCAUCGACAAGUCAAGCAGCGCCGAACUGAGCGAAGCCAUCAAUUCCAUGUUUCGCUGGUAUCGGGACGCGAAAGUGUGCUUUGCAUACUUGAGCGACUACUCUUUCCUCGGCUCCGGCCAUGCGUGGAAGAUGAAAGAUUGCAAAUGGUUCACCCGUGGCUGGUGUCUUCAAGAGUUGAUAGCCCCAAAGGAGCUGAUAUUCUACGACAAGGACUGGAAGGAAUCUGGUUCAAAGUCCGAACUGGAAGAAUUGGUCGCGUGGGUCACACGCAUAGACCGGGCCGUCCUCGAAGACCACAAGGCCAUGUAUCUGUUACCCGUUGCCCAAAGAAUGUCCUGGGCGUCGAGUCGGAUCACCACCCGCGUGGAAGACAUUGCGUAUUGUCUCCUGGGGAUAUUUGACAUUCACAUGCCCAUGCUGUACGGCGAAGGCGAAAAAGCAUUUUUGAGACUGCAAGAGGAGAUCAUCCGGCGCCUCAACGACACAUCAGUCUUUCUGUUCUCUCCGAAGGCGCCGGACUCGACCUCUUUCUCCCCACCAGAAGCCAUGCAAAUCAGUGCGGGCGUCGACUCGACGGAUGAAACCUCGGAAACUUCGAAAGACGGCGGUCUGAAAUCUGCAGCCAUGAACACUUAUCUCAACGAAUUAUCCGGCUAUCAAUUCUGCAGCAUACUUCAGCACCUGCGGAGACAUUGUACACAAACAUGGUUCCCGGGCUCCGAUUGA